AUCGCACAUCAGACAGUCGCCGUGAACAGGCAGAUAUGCGCGCGUGUGUCGUUCUUCGUGUAUACGAGGUAACAACAGCUAGGUAACGAUCAUUUGUAAGUAUCAUUGAAUCCGUUUCGGUGGAACGGAGAAGAUCGUGUGGGAAACACGAGCGUGGCCACGCGCCACUAAGACAAAACGAAAAAGAAAGAAAAUAGGAGAAAAGGUGUCACAGUGAAGUUUUUCGCUUUGACCGGCGAGACGUCGAAGACGGGAGGCGCAGCGGGUGCUGCCGAUGUACAUACGUGGUGGUGCGCGUAGCAGGGUGUGGUGUGCGGAGAACAGGUGUCCAGAAGCGCAGCUCGACCGUGAAACGAGCAGAAACCGGAAACGUACGAGGCCGGUGCUCGCGCGUCACGAUGAAUUUUCGGGCUGGCUAGCCCGUAGAGGGAACAUACUCGCAUGAACAUCAUCGGCGAGAAAGCUCUUUGAUACACGGUGGUGGUUAGCUAGGUGACGAGUCAUGUCACAUACACCACCGAAGAGCGCGAGUCCAGCCGGCAGCCGGGGUAGCCCUAGCAGCCCGAGUACGCCACGUGGAGGCCGUCUACGCGAUAGGGUCAAUUUCUUCAUCGAGCUGUUCGAGGAUAAAGAGGCUAGACGAAAUGCCGGACAAUUUAGAUCGCCGACGAAUCCCAGACCUUCGUCCGGACCUUCUUCGCGACCAUCCUCCAGAACCAGCGAUUCGUCGUUCGAGGAGAGCUUCGAACGAUUGGUGGAAGAAGGUGAAUUGAACGGUUCGAAGGUGGUAAAAUUUGAGAAGAUCACGGUGCGAAAGAGCGUGAAAGAGAUCGGCAGCGGUGUGUCUAGCUCGCAACAACGAGGUUUACUCGCGGAAUCGAGCAGAACACCGAGCGAGGAACACGCCCUCGAGGACUCGGCUUAUCAGAGUCAUAGCCACGGUGCUCCGAAUUAUGAAAGUAAAUCCAGCUCGGUCACGUCGUUCACCAGAUUUCCAUCCGAAGAGAGUUUGUCGCAUAGGAAGGGCAGUAGCCCUCAGCAUCAUCUGGGCCUGGACGAUCGAACGCCGUCCGAGUGGUACGCGGAAUAUCGUACUCAGAGUUUCCAGAACGUCGCCACCAGGAUCGAAUAUGUGCGCAGUAAGAGCGAGUACGAUGCACACAUCGCCGAGAUUAAAGACGAACAAGAACGCGUACAGAAGAAAACUUUUGUCAACUGGAUCAAUUCGUAUCUUUCUAAGAGAAGUCCACCGCUUCGAGUGGACGAUUUGAUCGAGGACCUCAAAGAUGGUACCCGCCUACUCGCGUUGCUUGAAGUUCUGUCCGGCGAGAAGCUGCCGAUGGAAAGGGGCCGAAACCUGAAGAGACCGCAUUUUCUUAGCAACGUAAACACAGCGCUUCAAUUCUUACAGAGCAAAAAGAUCAAGCUGGUGAACAUAAAUUCGUCCGAUUUGGUAGACGGACGACCGCCCGUAGUGUUAGGCUUGAUAUGGACCAUCAUUCUUUACUUCCAGCUACGAUCGAAGGAUCGAAGGAAGAUCGAGGAAAAUACCAGGGCUUUGGAAUACCUUGGACAUACGUGGGGUAGUCAGAGCAGUUUAGAGAGUCUUAGUACCCAAGGAUCCGCGACUAGCGAGAGGAAACGCAUCAGUAGCGAGAAAUGGAAGCAGGGUGCGAGGAAGACUCUGCUUCAGUGGGUCACCAAUGCUCUGCCAAAGGACAUCCAAGUACGCGAUUUCGGCGAAAGCUGGCGUGACGGCAACGCCUUCCUGGCCAUCAUCGAUGCUAUCAAGGCGAACUUGGUGAACAUCGCGGCCAUGAGAGAAGCAACGAACAGAGCUCGUCUAGCGACGGCGUUCGACGUGGCCGAAUCCGAGCUGGGUAUCGCCAGACUUCUGGAUCCCGAGGACGUCGACGUUCCCCAACCCGAUGAAAAAUCUAUCAUGACAUACGUGGCUCAGUUUUUACACAAAUAUCCGGAACCAGGAUCCGCCGCUUCCGAUUCGUUCGCGGCUGUACAGCAGGAGUACGAUAAUCUGCUUGGUUGGCUGUACGAAAGGCUGAAAUACCUGGAACAGAUGGGUAGCUCCCCGUUGAGUUAUGAUGAGUACGCCGCGUUGAAAGCAGAAGUCGAGCAACAGAGGGUUGUGUACAAUAAGCUACAGCGUCUCGUCGAGACGCCUAGCAUGAUCAGCAUCACGCGGGACUCAUGGAAGCACGUGCAGGAUCUGUGGAAGACCCUGGAGAUGCUCAUGUUACGCUGGCUCUGGCUCCUAGACUCUUAUUUGCCAGGUGAAUUAGGGGUCGUAGGGCGAUGGUUGUGUCGCGCAGAGGACCUUCUGCUAUCCGACAACGACAUCCCCGAAGAAAUGACAGAAGAAACCGCCAACAUAAUCUCGAAUAAGCUCGAGGAGCACAAAAAGUUCUUCCUCGAUCUUCCGUCCAUGACGGAACGAUUUCAAGCGGCGAGAAGUAGCGAGGCCGCGUUGAAAGUACAUCCUCAACAAUUGAACGAAAUGGCGACUCGAUUGGAUAGCCUGGCGAGUCGUGCCGCCAAACGUAGAAUCCGACUAAAGUUCCUGGAGCAUAAGUGCUGCCUUAUUGCUUUCUUGUUCCUAGUUGAAACAAAGUUGAAGAGUUGGAGCGUGAAAUACGAUACUGAAGAGAGUGUGCACCAGAUGCUGGAGCAAUAUAGAAACUUCGUAUCGCGAAACAGAAUUUUCCAGGAGUUCCAGAAAGCCUACCUGGACAUGCAACAAGUCGUCGAGGACUACAAACGCGAAGGUGACGUAGACACCGAAGAAAGAGCGAGCAUCGAUCGUUUCAUGCGAGAGACCAGCGACAAGUGGAAAAGCGUGUCCAUGGAUCUGCGUUGCGUGCAAAGCAUGCUUGAGGAAGUGGUAGCUUAUUGGCGUCGCUGGAACAUAAUCUCCGAUGAGUUCGUGACUUGGUUGAACCGUGCUGAACCUGCCUUGAACCUUCCCGAAGAGGACAAAAUGGAAUUCUUCCAAGAUAUAAGCGUGUGGAAAGACAAACACCAACAAUUGUCGGACACAGUGACGUUCUUGAUCGCCACAUCCGACGAACCAGUCGCCUUGCAAUUGAAGCAACGUUACACGAGUCUCGCUUCUAGAUGGGACUCGCUGUUCCAGGAAGCGAAACAGUACAUGCACGCUGGAGACGUGAUACGAAAUAGAAAAGACUACAGACAGGGCGUGGAAACUUUACAAAAGUGGCUGAGGAACGUUGAAUUGGCGUUAUCAGCUACUGAUUUAACCACAACAGAAAAGAUCAAGGCAUACGGUGAGAAGUUGCAAGUCUUCCAUAAUGAAGUAGAAGGAAUCGAAGAUCUUUUCAAGAGUAUCAGCAAAAAAUUCCAGUCACUCAUUCAAGAUUUAUCUCGAGACGAAGUAGACAAAAUGAUGAACACCCUGAAGAAAGAGAAGGAGGCGCUGGUUAAAGUACGAGCCUUGAUACCGAUGCAGUUGCACCUGUACCAUCAACUUCUGGUUCAGCAGGAGUCUCUGGAAGCUGGUCAGAAGGAAAUAGCUACCUGGUUGGACGAAGCAGAGAGAAUGUUGACCAACGUCGACUUAUCAGGUGGUAGAGAGCAUAUUUUGGCUCAGUUAGAGCGGCAUAAAGCCUUCUUCUCGAGAACUCUCUACUAUAAAUCCAUGCUGGAGUCCAAGAACAAAGUGUUCUCCAGUAUAGUGAAGUCUGUGGACAGUCACGCGGAUGUAGCUACUGCAGAAGGUGGCAGAACCUUGAGAGAAUUGAACGAACGGUUCAAUCGAGUGUCUCAAGCAGCUCAGGCAUUGGAACAACGGCUUCAGGAAGCUGUUAGAUGCUGGACCAGGUUCAAAGAAUGCGAACGACAGGUCUGUGAGUGGCUGUCGGUCGCUGAGACCAUGAUGAAUGACAAACAUACCGAUAAUAGACGAUCUAUAGAGUAUCACAAGAACUUCUUUAGCAAUGUAAAUGAGAAGUGGAUCCAAGAUUUUGUGAACGCUGGACAAGACUUGAAGAAUAUUCUGCCUGUUGAGAAGCAAGCUCCUAUUUUGGAAGCUGUCGAAUCGCUUCAGAAACGUUGGAAGGAGGUGUUGACGUUCGCUCCUCUUCAUUUAAUGAGACUCGAGUUUCGCCUGGAUGAAACCACGUUCCUGCAGUACCUGAAGGAGAUCGAGGUGGAGGUGAAUUCGGAACAGCAGGCUUUGAUGAAGAAUGACAAUGUCGAGAAUAUACUGCAGAGGAACAAAGAGUUCUUCGUGAACCGUGGUACAGUUCUGGAAGUAGAGAAGUGCCUGCAGACUUUGAAGAAGAUCAGCAAUGCUUAUAGCCAGUUGAUACCUAACGAUACUAGCUUGUCUGAGGCUGCACAACAUGCUGAACGCCUGUGGGAGGAUUCCGCUCAGAGAGUGGAACGUUUGAGGGAACAAUUGAAACAAGUGCCUGAGCAGUGGGCUGCCUAUAAGAAGAAAUUUGACGAGAUGGUACGAUGGAUGGACCAUGUAGACAGUAACCUGGCGACUAUUCUGCACGAGGUGAAUACGCUGGAGGAAUUCGAAACAGAAAAAACGGUAUUCCAGGUUCAAGUUUUAACGAAAAUAUGUAGAGAAGCAGACAGCAAACGGGAAGAGAUGAAAUGGUUGGUGCAAACCUUGGAUAGCCUGACUUCCAAUCGUUCAGAUCACGAAGCCCUUUCAGAGCAGAACCGUCUGGAGCAGUUGAUUACUCGUUAUAAGAACCUCAUACCAACCAUAGAGAUCACCAUGACGAAAACCGAUAUCUAUUCAAAAAGCUACACGUACAGAAAAGAAGUGCGCGAGGUGUGCACUCUUUUGCACAAGGUGAAAGAUCAGUCGAAGGUCGACGUAGUGUCUGAAAUCCCGGAGACCUUGCAGACCGCGGUUACUCAUCAGGAAAGCCGUUUGAACCAGUUGGAACAACAGAGAUCAAAUAUCGUGAGCAUGCUUCAACGUGGUAAAGAUCUUUUGAAAGACCAACACGCGCCUCCAUUUGUGUCCUUGGAGGUUCAGCAAUUAGAAUCAAGCUGGAACGAUACUUAUGGUCAGAGCGUGGAGACCUUGAAGUCUCUGAAGAGCUCGCAGAAGUUGUGGAAUACUUACCUGCAACAGAAAGAGGAGAUCAUGAGAUUGAUCGAGCAAGCUGAGGAAGAAUUGAGAAAAAUCGAGUCGACUACCUAUUACGAAGCGUCCCAAGUAUCAUCCGACCUUCAGAGUAAGCAGGACUUUAGCUCCACAUUGAGAAAAUCUACCGAAGAGAUGAUGAAGAAGCUGCAAGAGACGUACAGUCAUUUGACAGAGAUCGCACCACCUGAAAGAAGGGAAGUACUGAAGAAAGAGAUCACCCAAACCGAGAAACGAGUGGAGACUACUCUGAAGACCGUGCAGGAGAAGGUUGUUUAUCUGCAGGAGCAUAGUACUAGGUGGAACAAGUUCCAGGCGAAAUUGAACGAGUUGCAAUUAUGGACGCAACAAAGUGCGCCUCAAUCGAUCGCAGAUGCGGAGAACUUGGCGACCACUCCCGAAGAAAUGGUUUAUAGAACUGAGGUCUUGCAGAAAGAUAUUCAGGAGAGAAGCAGGACGUUGAAAUUCCUCGAAGAGGAAUCAGAGAAACUGGUGAAAGGUGAAACUGGUGGUCCAGGAAAGCAGCUGCGCGCUGACAUCAUAAACCUCGAGAAGAGCAUCGAAACUCUUCAAAAGAGUAUCGUGGCCCAACGUCAAACCGCUGUACAGAACCUGGAAACUUGGAAAGAGUAUGAGAAAGGAAUCAAAGAAUUGAAACCUUGGAUCGAAGAAGCCGAGUCAAAAGCAGCCACCAUAGGCAGCAAACCUACGACUCUGCCGCAAGCAGCUCAAAUGUUAGAAACCGCCAGAGCAUUCGAAACACGAUGUCAACAGCACUUCCCUCAAAUUCAAGAUUUAUCCUUGGUCAGCCAGCGAAUAUCAGGGAAAACAUCAGCCUCCGACGAAGUGGACGCUGUUCACACUCGUUGGAACGCAGUACACGAUAUAGCAGUCCAAACAACCACGAAAUUAGACAAGCUAGUCACUUCGUGGAACAGCUUUGAAUCCGAGAUCAAAGAAUUUAACGAAUGGUUAGAAAAAUCCGAGAGAACCGUUCUCAUAGAACCAAACACCGAAACACCGGAGGUAUCGGUCUUGGAGAAAGAGCUGACUCGAUUGAAGGACUUCAACAAGACUAUAUCCGAUCAUCAAGCUCAAUUGAUAUCGUUGACCCAAGUGUCUGAUCAUAUUAGUCACGGUUUAUCCUUGGAAGGAGCGACCAACUUGAAAGCUCGUGUAUCAGACAUCAAAUCCAGAGUCAGUAAGCUGGCUGACACGGUCAGAUUGCAGAUCAAUCGCGUCUCUGAUUCUCUGUUAGCCCGCCAGGAAUUCCAGAUGAAGAUCACCGAUCUGGAGAACUGGAUGUCACAACUCAGAUCGAACGUCGCUGAGAUCAGCGAUGCAACUGUUGAUACCGUUGAUACCAAUCUUCAGGCUGUGCACGCGUACAUUCAGGAACACUCCGAGAAACAGCCCAGUUUGGAAGCUAUCUGCGAAGAAGUAAAGGUGAUAUGUCCUAAAGGAUCCAUAAAAGUUAAAGCUGCUUUGGUUGACACUUACGUAGAUCUAGAGAAGAAGUAUAAAGCAUUAGGCGACGACUUGCAACAGAAGAAGAAGGGAUUGGAGAAAUGGAUAGAAAUGUUGAGUUGGUUGAAUGACGCCAAUGCUCAGUUAAGUCACUGUAAGUACGAAGCUGAGGCUAGAAAACCUACUAUUGCUGAUUUGGAGAGAUUCUCCUCGGAAUUGCAGACUAUAUACGAGAAGAUAGACACCUGGAAACAAAAUGUUCUACCUGACACUGCUAUUGGAAUUCAGAUCAGAGACAAACAGGGCAAACCUCUGUCCGCAUCGGGUUUGUUAAAUGAUUUAGAGAACAAAGCCUUAGCUCUACAGAACGAGAUAUCCGCCAAACGUGACAGACUAGAGAAUCUUGGCGCCAGGUGGAACAAUUUCAGAACACUUCAACAAACUAUCACGGAGAAGAUACUGAACACUCAAACUUCUCUUCAAGAGACGGUUUACAACGUUGACUCCUGCAAACAGUUGGCUCCUGCCGUGGAGACGAUCGAUCGAUUAAUCGAAGAGCAUCAGAAGAGAGAACAGGAGAAAGAUAUUCUUCAUUUUGAAGGAAGUUCCUUGAUGAAGGAGGACCAGAGAUCGACGACCAAUAUUCAAGUUGUUUUAUCUUCUGUGGAUGCUAAUUGGGAGAAGGUUAACGAGCUUCUUCGAGAGCAAAGGAAGAAAUACGCUGACAUGAACACCGACUGGAAAGAUUACGAAGAAGCUAAAGAGAAAGUGGAAAAAUCUAUCAAAGAAGCGACCAGCUUGUAUCAAUCAGUGAAAGGAGUUUCUUAUGACGUUACUCAGGCAAAUAUCACGUUAGAGAAGCACAAGAAAGCUUUGGAAAUGCUGAAGAAGGGCAGACAUUUCUUAGACAAAAUGGAUUCUAAGGCGCAACAGUUGACGAAGGAAGCUUCUUUAAUGCCUAGAUUCAAUUCUGAACUAAUCGAAAACGACUUAACCGAUGUUCGACAACGAUAUCAAGAUACUUUCAACGAUAUCAGUGAAAAACUACAAACCUACGAGACUCAGGUAAUCAUCUGGAAACAAAUAGAAGAAUCGAAAUCUGAACUUAUCAAGUGGCUCAAUAAUACCAACGACGCUUUGACCACUGCGUUUGAGCGUUUAAUGGACGCAGAAAAUUGUCAAGCCAGGUUAAUCAGAUACAGAGAGGAGCUGCCUGGUUAUCAACAAUUGUAUCAGAACAUCGUCACCAAAAUUGAACAAUUAGUGAAAUCGAACAACGAUUCCGAUAUUCCUACUUUGAGUUCUCUUCAUAAAUUGUUGGACGACCAGUUCAAGGUGGUUAAAAGUUCGGCGGAUAAACUGGAAUCUUUGACUUGUACGUUAAACGAAAGAGAAAGAGCGAUUAGACAGGAGCUGAAGAGAUGUGGUGACGCCAUAUCGAAAAUUCGCGAAGACAUUAUCAAAUGCGAUGAUUUGACCGGCGAAAACACCAAGAUUCUUGGUCGUAUCAAUAAAUGUCAGGAAUUGAAAACAGAAUUGGAAGAAUGCGAUUACGCUCUGUCUAAAGUUGAAGAAACACUGACGAAGAUGUCUACGGAGUAUCCUAGCAUUUCCAAGUCGAGUUUACCAAAAGAAUUGCAGGCUCUUCAGCUUCGAAGAGAUGGUGUGGCCAGUCAUGCUAAUAAAGUGAUAGCAACGUUGGUAGCCUUCUUAACUAAAUUAUACCACGAAAAGUUCAGUGCUCUUCAACGUAUGGUAGCGACGCUGAAAGAAAAAGUAGCAUGGUGCGAACCUGAACAAAGUAGCGAUCGUUAUAAUCUAGAAGUGAAAAUGGCGUCCCUGAUGGACGUGGAAGCUGGAAUUGCCGAUUGCACCGCUAGAAAAGAAGACACUGACAACUCCUUGAAGCUUCUAGCAUCUGUUGAAAGCGCCGAAACGAUGACCGGCUUAAAAACGGAACGUGACAAGGUGGAGAGUGACUUGGAAUCCCUGAAGAGUAGUUACGAUAAGAUCAAAAAUGAUUUAGAAAGAAACAUCGCUCUAUGGCAACGUUACGAACUUACAUCAGAGAAUGUCUUGUCCUGGUUGAAGGAGAACGAAAACAGAAUCAGAGCUGAAGCUUCUGCGUUGCUUAAUUUAGACGAUAUCGAACAGAAAAUUGCGGAAAUGAGUCAAGUACAGAAGGCAGUGAUGGAGUAUCAAAGUGAACUGAAAGACCUGACUGCUCUAGCUGAAGACAUCACCAGAGUUAGUUCUGAAUCUCGAGUGAAUCAAUACAUCAGCCAUCUUAAUACACGUUACGAUUACGUGUUGAAGUUCCUGGCGCAACAUUUGGACAGACUUAAAGAGUUAAAAGAGAACAGGGAUCAGUAUGUUGCUAAUAAGAAGAAACUCGAAGCUUGGAUCGAAAAUGCUGAGAAAACUUUGAAAGCCUUCGACGAAAUCACCGGACCAAAGCCUAUAACUUUCUAUCAGUCGCGUUUGAAAGAACUGAAGGCUUUUGCCGAAGGACGUGAAGUUGGACAAGCCAUAUUAAACAAAACUGCGGAAGCUGGCGAAACUUUGUUCGCCAGGGUCACACCGGACCAGAGAGAAAUGAUCAGAACCGAGUUGAGGAACUUCCGUAACCGCGUGGACGCAAUGGCAGACCGUGCUAAUGUGAUUUAUAAAAGAAUAGAGAGCGACAUGAUGCACAGGUCUUCGUUCGAGGAUAAAUUCUCUCAAGUGAAACAGUGGCUGGUAGAUGCACAGAAUAAAUUAGGAGAGAAACAGGAAUUAUUACCGACCUUACAAGAGAAGAAGCUGACUCUUCACCUAUACAGAGCUGUAGCACAAGAUGUUAGCGUGCACAAGAAUAUUCUUCAACAACUGCAAGAUAGACUAAGCUCAGCUCCCGAUGACGAUGCUAGUGAAAUGUUGGGCAACGUGAUCGAAGCCCAUGAAAAACUGUCUAAUGAAGUUGAAGGACGAAUUAAUAUAGCGGAGAAAUACGUUUCUAACCACGAAGCGUAUCUUCAGACGUUCGAGAAGACUCGGGAUUGGAUCAAUACGGUAAUCAACGAGGGAACGCCUAUAAUCGAGGACUUUUCGGUGGAACGAGACACGGCAGAGACUAAAAUCACUGCUAUAGAGAAUCUUCUUCAACUGAAGGCGGAAGGGGAUCGAACUCUGGCUGACUGUAACGAACAAUUGAAUAUCGUUCUUGAACAAACUUCUUUGCCAGGUCAUCCAGCUUUGCUGUCUAACUUUGAGCAACAGAAAAAGAUAUGGGAAGAUUUCCUGAAGAGAUCCAUAGCCUCUAGAGACAAGUUGAGGCAUAUGUUCGACCAGUGGUCGGAAUUUGAGAAGAUCGUGGAAGACCUGGAGGCCUGGAUCAAGCAGAUGGAGACACAAUUGAAGGAUCAAAGUUUGAAGAGUACAGAGGAGGCAAAGAGGGCUCAUUUACAGAAGCUAAAGUCCUUGGAAGAGAGCAUUAUCGCGAAAGGAGCUGAAUUUAACGCUGCCAUUGAGAAGAGUCAAAGUAUCGAGGCUGAAGCAGACCUGGCCACUAGAGCUUCCAGACAAUCUACCAAGUAUCAGGCUAUCAAGAACCAGAUAAAAGAAACCGUGAUGCGGUACGAACAGUUCGUAAAGGAGCACAAUACUUUCAAUGUGAAAUACAAUCAAUUAUUGCAAUGGAUCACGGACAUUCAAUCGGAAUUGAAGAAGCACAGCGAAAUCGUGGGCGAUUUAUCCGUGUUGCAAAGUAGACAGAAGCUCAUUCGUGACCUUGGUGAUACCAGAACGAAGGAGAACGCUAGAUUCGAGUCUGUCGUAGAUCUUGGAGAGAAAUUAUAUAUUCAUACGUCUCCCGAUGGUAGAGAGAUUAUCAGACAACAAUUGAGAAACUUGAGAACUCUGUGGGAUGGAUUCACCGAAGAUUUGCAAAACACUACGCAGAAAUUGGACCAGUGCCUGAUGCAAUUCGCCGAGUUCUCCCUGUCCCACGAGCAAUUAACUGCCUGGCUUCGAGACGUGGAACGUGCCAUGCAUCAACACACAGAAUUAAAGUGUACCUUGGAAGAAAAACGAGCACAGUUACAGAAUCAUAAGAUUAUGCACCAAGAAAUUAUGUCUCAUCAGUCCCUGGUAGAGUCCGUUUGCGAUAAAGCUCAGCAGUUGGUGGAUCAGACCAAAGACACUUCUCUCAACGUCUUUCUACCUUCUAUUAAACAAUUGUUCCAUAACAUCGUAGCGAAAUCGAAAGAUUUGUUGGAAAAUUUGGAAGAUUGCGUGGAGAAACAUCACAGAUUUAACCUGCAAGUGAAGAACUUCUCUGACUGGUUGAAUGGCGAAAGAGACAAGCUCGCAGAAUGCAACGAUGUCACUGGAGAAAGGACAGAUAUUUGUAGAAGAUUAGCUACUUUGGCGACGUUGAAGGACGAUCAGAUGCAGGGAACGGAACAGCUUGGAAAGUUGAAGGAACUUAGUGAUACGGUUGUUAAAAGAACCGCGCCGAAAGGAUGGGACGCCAUUAAUAAAGAGAUCACCGUUUUGGAAAGCAACCUUCGUCAAUAUCUAAGCGAAAUAGAAUCCGUGGAAGAGAAGCAAAAGACAGCUCUUCAGAAAUGGCAAGACUUUGAAGACAAAUUGGAAACGCAUACAAAAUGGUUCAGCACGAUGGAAGCUGCCUUCAGAGACCAACAAUUACAACCUACUUUGCAGGACAAGGAGGCUCGUUUGAAAGCUUUGAAAGAGAAGCGUGACGCAAUAUUGAAGGAAGAAUCGAAUAUAGACGAGUUCGUUGACAAGUCUCAUAGUCUACUACAUGCGAGCGGCGUUGAACGUAUCAAACCCAUGAUCUCGCAAAUUAGCAAUAGAUACCAACUAUUGCACGGGCUUAGCAAAGAAGUAGUGACAAGGUGUCAGAGUAUCCUAGACGAUCAUCGGGCUUACGAAGAGAAACUGAAGGUUGUGGAUGCGUGGCUGACUCAAUUGGAACAAAGUUUAGCCAGUCUGAAGAAAGACGAGGCAGGUGGAAAUCUCGAAGAGAGAGUCUCUCGUUUACAGAUAUUGUUAGCCGAGAAAGAGCAAGGUGAACAUCGAUUGGGAAGCUUGAUAUCGUUUGGGGAGAGGAUCCUUGCCGACACAUCUGCCCAGGGAAGGGAACUUAUUCGUCACGAAUUAAGGCAGGCUCGAGAACGAUGGGAUAAGUUUGUAGAAGGCAUAGAUGAGCAACAGAAGAAACAGGAUGCUCAGUCUUUGCAAUGGACCAAUUAUCAGGAAACUUUGCAACAGAUUUUGGCUUGGUUAGACACUAUGGAGAGAUCUGUGAAACAGGACUCGACGAUCACGUGGUCUUCUCUUCAGGAAAUUAAAUCCAAGUUGUUGAAGAGCAAGGGAAUGCACCAGGAAAUUCUGGCAUACAAACGCAUCAUCGAGGGUGUCUCUGAAAAGGCAAAUGCACUGAAGUAUGCAGUGCAAGCGCCAUCAGACGCUCAACAGAAAGCUGCUUCGGUUUCUGGAAGAUACGAGGACUUGGUUGAAAUGUCACAAAAGAAUAUAGUCAACCUAGAGACUCUCCUAGACACGUUCCAACAAUUUUACGAUCUCCAGAAAUCCUAUCAAGACUAUCAGAAACAACAAUGGGAACAAUUGACCAAUUACAGCGACUACACGGGCAAUAAAGCUGCCCUUCAAGCUCAGCUGGCCAAGAUCAUGGAGCUUCAAGAUGGCCAGAGGGAAGGAGAAUUAAAACUGGAUAUUCUUAGCGAACACGUGGCUCAGAGUGCAUCCAACUUAUCACCUAGAUCGUUAGAAUCUAUGGAAAGAGACCUGGCUUCGUUGAGAUUCGAGCAUAAGAAAUUCGCCAUUACAGUAAACGACAUUAUUCGAUGCAUCGAGGAGAGGAUCCAGCAAUGGAGCGAGUACGAAAAUUCUUUGGAACGUUUAUUAGCUUGGUUGGCGGAUGCAGAGUCGUCUUUGAAGAAUUACUCCCUAAAGAACUCUCUUGAAGAGAAACAGGAACAACUCGAGAAAUACCAGGCACUGCAAAAAACCGCCUUAUCGUGGGACACGGAAGUGACGGAACUGGUGGCCCUAGGAGACCACCUGGACCAAAUGUUGAUCGUGAAUCUCCGACAGAACGAGGCCGAGUUCGACAAGAUGAGCGACGAAUCUUCCGAAUUGAUGCAAAUUAGUGGGGAGACAAGGUUCUCAGCCAACGUUCAGCAGAUCACCUCGCGUUUCCAAUCCAUUCAAGCGACUGCUAAGGAAUUGGUAAAGAAGUGCGAACAGGCAGUGGCAGACCACGCAGCCUAUCUGGAACGCUACAAACAGUGUUCAGAAUGGCUAGCAAACACCAGAACUACUUAUCAAUCCAUCAAAGACGAUCUCAGUGGCACUCUUCAAGAGCUAACCACGAACGUAGCAACGCUGAAGGAUCUCCUAGCUCGUCAAUCUUCGGCAACCCUUUUAAUAAACAACACCGUGGAAGCUGGAGAACGUCUAUACUACACCACAGGCAUGGACGGCAGAGAGAUCGUUCGUCAACAAUUGUUAGAUCUUCAACAAGCCUUCGAAGAACUGUACGACAGCAUCGCGUCGACCGAACGAGAGUUACAAUCAAAGAUCUCACGUUGGUCCGGAUUCGACGAGUCCAACGAGUCAUUCGACAACUGGCUGAAGACUGUCGAGACUCAACUAAAGCCAGAAAUCGAAUUAAAAACUACACUGGACGAAAAACGAGCUCAGUUGCAAAUCUAUCGUUCGUUCUUGCACGAUAUUCAGUCUCAUCAACAAGAUUUACUCGAUCUUCGCGAUAAAGCUGACAAUUUACCAGACUCUACUGACAAAAUACAUCAGACGCUGAAGAAACUGAACGACAGACACGCUACAGUGUUGAAACGAGCUGUUGCGUUCGUUGAAAAGUACGAAGGCAUAGUCAGUGAUCAUCAACAGUACAGCAAAGCUGUGCUCGACACUCACGAGUGGUUAGACGCGACGCAUAAUGCAGUUAUUCUUUGGGGUGACACGGAAUUAGAACGAGUGUCCCUUCACACGAACCUGGAUCGACUGAAGAAUCUAUUGCAGAGUUUACCAGAGGACAAACCAAGAGUUCAACAAAUAAGAAUCCUAGGGGAGAAGGUGAUUCCAGGAACCUUGGAAUCUGGUCAGAUUAACAUUCGUUCGCAGAUAGACUCCUCGCAGCAAGAAUGGGAAAGUUUGGUCACCGCUGUCAAGUCUACUAUAGAGAGUCUAGAAAACAAGCUUCAACAAUGGAACGAGUUUGAAACAUCGAAAGAACGAUGUCUCGCCUGGAUGAGAGAAACUGAUACCAAACUUCACGCGGUAGAUUUGAAGGCUACCUUGCAAGAGAAGAAGGACCAAUUGGAGCUUCUGCGCACACUCCAAGGACAGGUUCGCGCGAAAGAACUGGAAAUAGAUGCUGUCUCCGAGAAAGCUCAACAGCUUCACAAGAAUAUCACGUCUCGUACCACACAUAUGUCAGAGUUAAGCAUCAAGUAUCAACAGAUAUCGAACAAAGUGAAAGAUCUGAACAGUCGUUGGCACCAAUACGUGACCACUCAUCAAGAAUUCGACAAUCAAGUGGCAGAGUGCACCAGAUGGUUGGAUGACAUUAGGAAGAAGCUAGCUUACUGCUCUGAUCUGGGUGCAUCCUCUCAGAAAGAUUUAGAGAACAAGAUGGAGGUAAUUCAAGAUCUAUUGUUGUACAAGGAAGAUGGAUUCGCCAAGGUUCAAGGGAUCGUAGAACUAGCUCAAGCUGUCUUAGCAAACACAGCACCAACUGGACACAAGGCUAUCAACGAUGCUGUUGGAAAAUUACAGGAACAAUGGAGCGCGCUAGCCUCGAAGAUGUUGGAGACCAAGACCAACUUGGAUGAUUCUAUCAAUAAGUGGGCUGGUCUUCUAGAACAGAUACAAUCGAUGAAUAAAACUGUUGAUUAUAUGCAGUCUGCUUUGAACGAAUUCUUGCCAUUCCAAACGACAAUGUCUGAAAAGAGAUGUCAGUUGGAACGUAUCAAGGCCUUGGAAGAGAAAGUUCGAUGCGAGAAUAUCGAAGUGGAUAGUCUGAAGAUCAAGGUGGCUGAAAUGAUCGCCAGUGGUCCUCAAGGUCUAGCUGCAUCCCAGGCACAGAGCAUCUUGAACAGAUUCGACACGUUGUUCGAGAAGAUUAAAUCGUUGCUAACCGAGCGAGAAGAACAAUAUAAGGAUCACAGAUUGUACAAAGAAGCACACGACGAUAUUAUCAAUUGGUUGAGUCGAGCUCGUGAAAAGAUUCCAUCGAUGAAACAGAGGCCAUUAAGCGAUAAAUUGGCUAUUGAAAAUGCUGUGGCUCCAUUGGAGAGUUUGUUGAAUAAGAAGGCGCAGGGUGAACUCUUGGUGGAACAUCUUCAGCAUACUGGCAAGGUCGUCUGCGCGAGUACGAGUCCUCAGGGUCAGGAGAUUAUAAUGAACGAGGUGAAAGCUCUAACUCAGAGUUUCGAAGAGCUUUUCAGAGAAAUUAAGCAACAAAAGGAUCAAUUGGAACAAACCGUGAGUCAAUGGAGAGACUACAAGGACGAAUACGAGCGAAUAAGCGAUUGGCUACAGCAGUUCGACAUCCUCAUAAAGGCGCAGAAGAAUUCUCUCUUGUCAAAUGUAGCAGGGAAAAAGAAACAAGUACAAGAAGUGAAAGAAAUACUGGAAAACCUAUUAAAGAGACAAGAACAAAUCGAUAAAUUCAACAAGACUGCAUCCAGUCUUCUUUCGUCUAACCUGGACACCUACAUAAACAACCAACUUCGUCACUUAAACUCUCGCUAUCAGGUUCAAGUGAAUCUCGCCAAAGACGUUCUGAACAAAGUGGAAACUAACUUGGCUCAGCACGAAGAAUACGUAGCUAAUUUGGCCAAGACUUGUGCUUGGAUCGAAAACGCGAAGCAAAUCAUUCGCAAAGGGACCGAAGCAGCGUCCACUAGCAGUCGAGAAGAAUUACAAAACAGAUUAGACAACAUCCAAGAAUUAUUAAGAAAACGCGAGGAAGGACAAAACUUGGUGCAUCUGACGGUAAACUGUGGAGAGAAAGUAAUGAGAAAUACUCGAUCAGACGGUCGUGAAGAGAUAAACAUUCAAUUAAAGGAGAUUCAAAAUGCGUGGGAGAGACUAGUGAAGAAGAUUUCGACGACCAAAGUGCAUUUAGAGACGAGUCUGCUUCAAUGGGCGGAUUAUAGUUCGUCGUAUUUGCAAUUGCAACAAUGGAUCAACGACAGGGAAGCUAAAUUGCAACAAGUCUGUGAACAAAAGGUGUCGAAAGCUAGAAAAGGUCUGGCUGGCUUGAGUUCCUUGGCUAUUGGAGAAAGGAAGGCGAAUCUUAGACAGACGAACAGUAUAGUUCAGGAUAUAGUGGCGUUCGAGCCGAUGAUUCAAUCGGUUACCACGAAGGCUGAGGAUCUUCGACAGGCCACACCAGCCACGGAAAUUUCAAUAAAAUACGAAACUUUGAGCAAACAAGCGCAGGAGUUGUACGCGAAACAAAAAGAAACCGUGGAACAGCAUCAGGCGUUUAUCGAUAGUGGAAACGAAUUUAUUCAGUGGAUAAGAGCGGCUAAGGAGAGACUUGGAAAAUGUUCAGAACCUACUGGAGAUAAGGAAUCGUUGGCGAAUAAGAUUACACAGUUGAAAGUACUGCAGAGCGAGCUGCCAGAGGGCCAGAAGAAAUUGCAACAUGCUUUGGAACAAGGGAACGCGGCGUGUCAGAUCGCCGACGAGGAGGACAAGGAGAUCAUCGAGGAGGAAGUUGCGAUGCUGCAGGAAGAGUACGAUAGCUACGUAGACUCGCUGAACAACACGAAGAGUUUACUGGAAGUAGGAAUAGUGAAAUGGACGGAGUACGAGGACCAAUUUUCAGAAGCUACCGAAUGGCUCACGCAGACCGAGCAAUUGGUGCAAUCGUUCAACAAACUUCAAGAUAGUUUGGAAGAAAAGAAGAAUGUUCUUGAACAAUUCCAGGUCCAUUUACAGACGUUGUUCGACUGGCAAAGAGAACUUGAUCGACUGAACAUGAAGGCUCAGAUGUUAUUGGAAACUUGUGCAGACACCAGAAUCUCGAACGCUAUCACCCAAUUGACGACCAAGUACAACGCGCUUCUAUCUUUGGCUAAAGAAAUAAUGCGACGUCUGGAAUUACAUUAUCAGGAACAUCAGCAGCACAAUACGCUGUAUCAAGAAUGUCAAGAUUGGAUCGAACGAACUCGUGACAAACUGAGCGAAUGUAAGGAGAUUCCAAGCACCUUAACCGAGGUGAACAAUAAGCUGCAUACUUGCAAGGCCAUCAGACAAACCCUGGAACAAGGCCAGAACAAGCUGCGUUAUGCUCUCGAACUAAAGGAGAAGGUGAUUAUGAACACAGAGCAAAAUGGCGCGGCAAAGAUUCAAGAAGACACAGAAAACCUCAAGACGGAAUUCGAGAAAUUGUUAGUCAACGUGGAAGACAUAAGACAGAAACUUGCGGCAAGAGCAAGCGCUUUGGAAGAAUUGAACAAAAUUCAUCGACUCACUACGGAUUGGAUCGAUGAGAUCGAGGGCAAGAUUCAGCCGGGUGAAAUGUACAAGAACGAUCUCAGUGAAAAACGAGCGGUGUUGGAAAAGUAUAAGACGGUUCAGAGGGAUAUUCAAGGUCAUGGUGAAACCGUAGAUCGAUUGAAAGCUCGUUUGGCUGAAGAUUCUAGCAUACCCGUUGGCCCUUAUCAAUCUACCAUCGCAAAGUACGACGAAUUGACUAAGCUGAUCGCUGAAAAAAUUCGAAAUUUAGAAGAGCAAGUGAACGAUCACGAGAAGCUGCAACAAGCUCACAACGAAGCCGCGGAUUGGGUUCGUCACACGAAACUGGAACUUCAGCAAAACUGCGACACCCACGGCGAAAAGGAGCGGAUCAUCGAACGGGAGAACAAAGUGAAUCAGAUCAUCGCUUCUCUUCCCAAAGGAGAAAACUUGAUCUCGAAAGUUAUUCAAUUGAGCGACGGAGUGAUCGCCAGCACAGGUCCCGAAGGUCAAGAAGCUAUCAAACAGGACGUGAAACAGCUGCAAGCAAAUUGGAAAUCUUUGCAAGCGCAGUGUCACGAGUCCCAGAAGACUUUGUCCAACUGUAUUUCCAGCUGGUCUCAAUUUACAACCGCGUUGGACAGCAUGAAACGAUGGAUAGAUCAUUUCCAGAAGAAGGUGAACGACGAGCAAUCGAAAGAGAAUAAAACCCCGGAGGAUUUAAUUCGGUGCAAAAGUCUCGUGGAAGAAGCCGUUCAACAGAAGCCUGUUUUGGAAGAUUUGAACGACAAGUGCGAAGCUUUGUUGGAAAUGAGUGCUUGUAGUUGGGCUCGUGACAAGACUGUGCAAUUGCAGUCGGCUUACACGUCCUUGUUGACGGAUAUGCAAGGACUGGUUUCCAGGGUGGAGAAGAAUUUAUCGGAUCACACCGAGUUCUUGAAGGCGAAGAAGGAAAUGGAAGAUUGGCUGCGUAUUGCUCGAGGAUCCGUGCAGGAUUGCAUGGGUGUUGGGGAUGCUGAGUGGGCCAAGGAUAAAUUGGAAACCAUCAAGAUCGUCGCAACAAGAAUCACGGAGGGUCAACAUUUACUUUCAACAUUACAAAACGCGUACGCGAAAGCCAUAGACACGGCAGUGCCAGAGCAACAAGACCAACUAAGAUCAGACAUGGCGGGACUUCUUUCCAGCUGGGAGCAACUGAGCAUCGAUUUGAAUACGGUUCAAGCUCAGCUUAAGUCUCUGUUACACCGUUGGGAUGAUCACACGGAAGCUCACGGGAAGAUGAAACGUUGGUUGGAAGAGACCGAGAACAGUAUGCAGGAACUUCCAGACACGAAGGGAGAAUUCGGUGACAUGAAAACCAUGCUGGAACGUUACAAGCACAUCCAAGAGGAAGUUCGCGGCAAGAAAACCGAAUUAGAUCAUCUGUUGGAAGAAGCUGACGAACUGUCCAAACUGGCGAAAAAGAGCACGCCUCUGGAUCGUACGAGAGAAUUAUCGAAACGUUGGCAGAAUCUGAGUGAGAACGUCGACGAAAGAAAGAGAUUGAUCGAAAAUGAAAUCGAAGAAUACAACGCUUAUCAUGCAGCCUUGCAAGAGACUGAGAAAUGGCUGUUGCAAAUUUCUUUCCAACUAAUGGCCCACAAUUCACUCUACAUCACGAACAAAGAGCAGACGGUAUCGCAAAUUAAACAGCACGAAACUCUGCUUGCAGAAAUCGAAAAUUACACGAGUGUGCUGGACGAUUUGAAAUUGAAAGGAAACGGACAGAUCGGUCGAUACGUGGCUGCCAAUCCUGAGAUAAAAACAGUCAUCGAAACGCAACUUCAAAAUGUUCAAGAGAGCUACAACUCUCUAUUGAAUACCGCGUUGCAGAUUAAGAAACGAUUGGCGGAAUCGUUGGUCAAAUUCCAGGAAUAUGAAAACACUUUGGAGAGUAUUAUGAAGAAUCUGGAUGCGUAUGAGCCGGAAAUAGCGCAAGAGAUGGAGGCACCUUUGGAUACUCUCGAUAUUGCGAAGCAGAGGUUCGAAAAUGCGCGUACAUUGCAUAAUAAGUUACAAGGCGAGAAAACGAGGCUUGCUCUGGCUGUCGAAGCUUGCGAAGCUGCGGUCGCUUGCGUCUCGAGACCCGGAAGUCCUCUGGAUGCGCCACCUGUGCAGAUUCCACCGAGAGAAGUGGAAGUUAGGAACAAACUGGAGGAACUGAUCGAUCAGGCUCAGGGACACUUGAUGAACGUGACGAAAGCUCUGAACGAACUAGAAGAACAAACUCGUCAGAAGAACGUGCUUCGAUCUUGGAUAAACCAACAAAGAGCUCUGUGCGCCGAAUGGAAGUCUCGGCCAGCGAAAUUAAGAUCCGAAGCUGCACACGCCGAGUUACAAGCAAUGAACGACUUACUUGGAAACGUUGGCGAACGUCGAACUCACGCGUUAACUGAACUAUCGCUGAACGACGACGAUCAGGACAUCGAGGAAGGAUUGAACAAACUGGAAGCAGAGUUGACGGAUGCUAUCGCCGGAAAACAAGCUGCUCAGGAUCUGAUUCAAAAGUACAGAACACAGGUGCAGAGUAUUCAAGCCUGGUUGGAUGUUCUAUCGAAGAAAGUUGACGUUAUCGAGAAGGGAAAUGGACAAACUAUCGGGCAAAAGAUCGCUAGCGUGAAAGAGAUCACAACGGAGUUCGAGUCUCAGGGACCUGGAAAGUUGAACGAGGUGAAGACAUUGAGCGAUCAAGUGAUGGAUUCUGUGAGCAACUUGGAUUCGCAGCAGAUAGAAGAACAAAUUAAGUCUGUGGAAAGAAGAUACGCUGAUAUAGCGAAGAAGCUGCAGAGGAAAGCGCAGGUAUUGGACAUGACUGCUCAAGGAAUCGAGGCAACUAGGCAGGAGAUCGAAGAGAAUCGUGAUUGGAUUCAGCAAAGGAAACAGCAAGCCCAGGUCUCUGAUCCAGUUGGAUUUGACAGCAAGCAGGUGGAGGAGAAGCUCCUUGCUUUGAAGGCGAUGUUGAAGGAAGCAGAAGGAAAGCAAAUGGUGAUCGAUACCCUGGAGAAACGAGUCGGUAACAUGCAGAACGAAUUAGAGGCCAAUGAACAGCAACAAUUGGAAAACGAAACGAAAGCCCUGCGUGGCGAACAAUCUCAGCUGUGUACGAUCUUAACCGAAGGAAUCUCCAGUGCAACGGCUGCAGCCGACGCUCGACGCAAGUUCGAAGGUGAUCUGGAACGAGCGCGGGCUUGGAUCAAGUCGAAGAGCAAUAACUUGAAGAAGCUGAGUGGCUAUCUGCCUUUGAAGGCGUCGAAAGUCGAACAGGACAUCAUUCAGCACGGAGAAUUGGAAGCUGACAUCGAUUCCUUCAGUGAAAAGGACCUGAAUGAUAUUUUGAAGCAGGGGCACAAUCUAUUGAAGGAAUGUAACGAGGAGGAUCGCGCGAAAUUAGGAAAAAUCUUGGACGAAAUGAGCAAGGAUUAUGAAGAGCUGAAGAGCGAAGCGCAAGAGAAGCAGGCAGCACUCGCGGAUCUUCUUCAAGGACGAAAAGCCUUCGAAAAUGAAAUAGACAAGUGUAAGAGAUGGAUCAACGAAGCUGAAGUGGCCACGUCUUCGGAUCUGAGGUCUUCUAGCAUCGAUAUUUUAAGGGAACAGCUGGCUAAGUACGAUCGUCUAAAGAAAGAGGCAAAGGAGUACGCGGACGAUAUCGAGAAGCUAAUACAGCAAGGAAAAUCGAUUCUCCCAACCGUGAGCGACGCUGACAAACUCGAGCUAAACGAGCAGUUGCAAAACAUGAAAGAGGCUCACGCUAGAGUAGCUGGUAUCAUAAAUGAAAGAGCUCUGGCUCUUCAAAAGAGCAUCGACGAAGCCGAAGAAUCAUUGGCAAGGAUUGCCGAAGCGGUUCAAUACAUGACAGACGUGCAGAAAGAGCUUCACGAGCUUAAUAAACCGAUCGGUUCCCGCGUCGAAGACGUGGAAGCUAUGCUGAAUGCGUACGAGAAGAUCCUAAACGACUUGAAAGCAAACAAGGCGAAACUAUCUGAUCUCCAAUCGGUCAAUGUAUCUGAUCUUCACGGGGUAUUGACUCAACAGGACGACCUCAUAAAGGCUAUAGAAUCGCAAAUUGCGAAACUUCGCCAGUUACUUCUGUUACGACAGCAGUUCAUCGCUCUGAUCACUGAUAUUACGACGUUCAUUGCUAAGUACACGGAGAUCGUUCGAGACAUCGAGAACUCGGGUCAAACCACGGAAGAAAAGAUCAAGAGAUACGACGAUGCCAUUCUAAAGAUCCAAGAAUGCGAGGCGACCCUCGCAAGCGCAACUGACAAGGGUCAGCAAAUCGCAGCAGAAGGUUCGACCGCGGAUAGAAACAACAUAACGGAACAAUUGCAAUCAUUGAAGCAACAACUGCAGGGUCUAAGAAGAGCCGUGGAAACCCAGAGGGAGCAACACGAAUUAGCUGCGGCGGAACACAAGAGACUCGCGAACGAACUGGCCGAAAUUCUCGAUUGGUUGGAAGAUAAAGAGAAAGAAGUGAAAUCGAGGCCUCUCCUGGAGAGAGAUCCAACCAGCGUGGAAGCUGAACUGAAGAAUCACAACGUAUUAUGCGAGGCUGUCAACGAACAUCUCGACAGAAUCAGAAACUUGAAAAAUUCUGUGCCUCACGAGGAAGGAAUGCCUGGUUCGUUGAAAGAAAUGCUCAGCGAAGCAGUGUCUCUGUUGACCUCCUUGCCAAGAGAAAUGGAGGAACGUGGAAAUUAUUUGAAGACUAACAUGAAACUCAGACAAGAGUAUGCUGCUCUUACUGAGAAACUUCGAAGUUGGGUUCGCGAAGCAGAGGUUAGACUGGAAAGCGACAAAGAUGGACUCGAUUUUGAGAAUAUCCUGAGCGAUCUCGAGGAGCACAAGAUUUACUUCAGUAGCGAGCCAACGAUUCGCGAGCUGGUGUCUCAGCAAAUACAACAAGCAGGUGACAAAAUUUGGCCAUCGUUGACUACGUCCGAGCAAGAAGAAUUGAGCGCGGAACAACAGCAGCACACUCAAUUACUGAAGAACACGCUGAACACCGCAAAAUCUCAACGUGCCAGAUUGGAACAAGGAGCUGAAACCUGGAGAGACUACACGCAAACCCUCGAGCGAGUUCGAGCUGUGAUCGCGAGGAGUAGAUUCACUGACGAACCUGUCACGACUCUGGCUGGAUUGCAAUUUAACAUCCAGAAGAUCACGCACGCGCUCAAUGAUAUACAGAAUCAACAGUUCGAAUUGGACCUUUUGAACGAACGCAGUCAAGAAGUGCUUCGAUUGGCUGAUGCUAAUAACAAGAAGACGAUAGAAACACAAAUCGCUGAAAUCAGUACGGAAUGGAAAGAAUUGGUUUCCGGGUUAGAGGGCCGCAGAGACGCUCUCGAGGCGCUCUCCAAACAUUGGGAAGAUCUUGAGACGCAAUGGUCUGUCAUUGAAGCUCGUGUAAAUGUCAUCGAAGAGAAGAGCAAACUUUUGGAUACCGUAGUUCGGUCUAAACAACACUUGCAAGACGUUAUCAAGGCUUUACAUGAGCUGGUAUCGGAAGCGGAGAAAUUGAAACCGAUGGCAGAGGAAGUGAAAGAUCUAUCAGGACCUGUUCUAGCGUAUCUGGCAGCCUUCACAGAGGCACCAGCCCACGCGCUCGAGAAAAAGCUGAAUAAGUUGCAGAAUUCCGUCGAAUCGCUCAUCGACUCCCUGCAGACGAAAUCCAAGAAGGCGGACGAGGACUUGGAGGCGUUCGAAGGCACCGAACGUGAGAUCGAGCAGCUGAGGAAGCGUUUGAACGAGGCGCGAGAACGCGCCUCGAACCUUUACGUCUUCGGUCCGGAUCAGGACGCGAUCGAGGAGGAGCUUGACGAGCUACGCUGGGCUGUCGAGCAGCUCCUCGACAGCACGAAAAAGUUCUCAGGAAGCACUAAGGCGCGGUACCAAGCUAGCCAGCAGCUGGUCCCUAGUGAUCUUGCUCAACACCUGACAGCCCUUGAACUUUGCGCUGAAGCGACGGCGCAAGCGAUGGAGGAGAAACAGAGGGAACAGAAACGGGCUAGAACCGUCAGGUCGGAUUACUUAACCGAUCUCGACGAGGUUCAAACGUGGAUCAGACAAGCUGAAUUGAAGGUUCAAGACAGAUCCGUCGAGCCUACCCCUCUAAAGGAACAAUUGAAACAGGUGCAAGACGAGUUGGGCACGAUCACCGACAAGCUCGAACGAUUAACGAGAAACGGCCGUACCAUUGCGGAGAAUACGAGGGACGAUACUGAGAAACAGUUGAUCGACAGCACCGUUCACAAUGUCACUGAACAGUUGAACCAAGUUAGGAACUGGCUGGACGAGAGGAAGCAAGUGGUAGCUGAUACCAUUGACGCUUGGCAGAGAUUUUUGACGUUGUACGAGGCCGUUAAGGCAUGGACCGAAGAAAAGAGACAGUUCCUAGUCGAGCCAUUGAAGCUCAGCACCCUUGUGCAGGCUAGGCAAAGGCUGCACGAGUAUUCGACAGCCGUAAAAAGCUGCAAACAGAUCAACAAGAAUCUCAGUGAUAUGGGUAAGGAGCUGGAGAGUAUCGGUCAGGUUUGCAGCGUGGGCGACUUGCCCGAGAAACUACUCGAAGCUGAAGAAGCUAAAGUCCAAGUAGAGGGUCAACUGUUGGAAAGGAACGCGCUGCUGCAAGAAACUAGCGAAGAAUGGGAGCAGUGCGAGCGAAAGAUGAAGGAAGUGAGAACGUGGAUCGAGAAAGCGAAACAGAGUCUCGAGUCGCCGCAGAACAAAAAGAAACCAUUACGGGAUCAACAUAGUAUAAGGGAAAAAAUGCUGAGCGAUAUCGCGAUACAGAAAACGAAAAUUGGUAUGUCGAUGGAGAAACUUCAGGUUCACUUCCGAUCUGGGAUUGGUGGCGAUAGUCGAAUCGGCGAAACGGUUGACGAGCUGUUGGCCGAGCUAGACAAUCUCAAUACCAAUGUGAGAGAACAGACUACGGCAUUAGAGGCUUGUCUAGCUCAGAUUGAUCAAUAUCAACAGGAGAUACAACAGUUGAGGCAACAGAUUAUGCAGGUGGAGCAGCAACUGAGGACAAUACUGAGCCCAACGUAUCUGUCCGCCGAUAAGGAGAAGGCGUUACAGGAGCAACAGCAGAGCCUGCAGCAAAGGAUGGACGAUUGGAAGCAACGCGUGAAGAUAGUGCUGGAUCAAAUAUACGCCGUGGACCCGUACUAUGUACAGAGCAACGAGACGAGGAUCGUCAAUCAGAUCUCGUACGCGGACAUCGCCGCGGGUCGGACAAGUCCGAGCUCCAGGGGUUCUAGCCCCUUUAGAAAUCCCCGAGACGAGGUUUCUUCGGUCCCCCUCUCGAUUCAAGUGCUCAAACCUACCGUGCAACUGUCAAGAACAGUGGAAGCCCAGAAGCAACCUGUUAUCGAACCAACUGGCGACAAUACUCCACCAAAUGCUGCGAUAGCGGAGACGAAGAUGAAAGAAGAACAGGCAAGACCCGAAGAGCAGAGCGAACAGAAGGAGCCUGAAGUAAGAACCGAGGUUAGAAGACGCGUCUCUAAAGUAGAUUCAGUGGACUCUAGAUUGAGAAAUCAGUCUAGAAGAUCUGGUUCCGUGCGAAAGGACGUUCGCGGACCUAUCAAGGAAUCUCCCGAAAGAAAUUCGUCCGCGGAGGCUGACAAUGAAAUUUCUGGAUCAGACACUUCUAGAUCGGUAGUGGAACAGAGGAAGGAACAGUUUGUACUUAAGAAUACACUGGCUCCUAAGGUGGAGAGAAGAGGAAGGUCUGCCAGUCCCAUUUGGAUGCCUGGAUCAACUACCUACGCGGAUAUUCUUCGUGGAAACAGACAGAAUUCUCGCAGCCCUUCGGUCGAGACUGGCAAAGAUGCUCACGUAGUUGGUAGAGAAGUCGGAGAGACCGUGGUCGAGGAAUCUUGCGUGGAAACUGUUCGGACGGAGAAGAUGGAAUUCGAGGUGCCCAAAGUUGAAGUAGAGGAAGGGGCAACGGCUGAAAAUGCUUUUAUGGAACAACCAAGCGAAGACGCAGCAGUGGAGAGCUAUCAACAGCAGCCUGCCGAGGUCGUGCACGAAGUUGUACCUGAAGUCGAGUCUCCUGUAAAAACUUCUGAGGAACCGAGCGAAGCUCAAACCAGUUGGACGGACGAAAGCAUGGACGAGUACGUUUUAUUGAAUGAGAAAAGUUACGAAAAUGUUGCAAGACCGCCAGUUACAACGCAACAAGUUCCAGAGGUCUACAACUAUAUUCAUCCGGCUAUUCCUGAAUUGGUUGGUUUCAUCGGGUCUCAGAUCGCCUAUCCAGUAAGUUCCUACGUCUACAUGCCAGCUGCACCGCCUCAGCAAAUGGCUCUUCCUCAUUACACCGAAAGUCAGAUAGCCUUUCCAUCGGAGCCGUACGUGGCACAGGCUAGCUACAUCCCUGAACCAGAGAUUUAUCAGCAAAAUCAGUUGCAGAAACAUCCGCAAAGGCAUCCGCAUCAAACCAAAUUCAAGAUCCCUCCAAAGACUGCUCCUGUAGUUGUACAGAACGUUGAAGAGAAGUGUUUACCUUCGAGAGCUCAACAACCUGUGGAUGUUGAGCCUGUCGUUCAGUCAAAUAUUCAAGCUGCUGUUCAAGCUGCUGCUCAACCUGCUGUUCAACCUGCUGUUCAAGCUGCUGUUCAACCUGCUGUUCAACCUGCUAUUCAAGCGGAAGAAGUUUCUGAACCAGAAAAACCAGUAGAACCAGAACAGUCUGUGCAGCAGACAAUCGAGCAACCUGUACAACAAGUUUCUACGUCACUUGCAGAAAGUACGCCUAUUAGGACGAAAAGUACUACCUCAAGCGAGAGCAAGACAUUCUCGUACGCGCAGAUUUUAUCACAGGGUCUCAGUUCUAAACCGACAUCGACUACAAGUGUUCAAUCCUCGACAACGACGACUUUAAUCUCAAAACAGACGAAAGAGCGUUCGCGCUCGCCAGUAAACUCGGCGACAUCCUCUGUGCACGAGUCGAGUCCUCCUCAGGAAGCCAGACAGACUCGAGAAUCGACCGUAGGCAAGUCAGGAAGUACGUGGGAUAUAUCGAGGAGAAGGGAGACGAGAAAGACUCACCAGGAGUCGCCGAAGACGAAAAUUCCUGAGAAGAGAGCUCGCAGAGGACCAGAGCAACCAAAGGCUUCGGAAGUAUUUCAGAAACCUCAGAAAGAGAAGAUCAGGACCAAUACGGAACAACAGAAACAGGUAUUCGAAUUGAAAGAUGAAAUUGUGGAAGAUUUGACGGUUUCUCCGAAGGUAACUCCGAAGAGUGUCAAGGUUGAGAUUAGAAAGGAACAAGUGGACGAUGUUAAAGCAGAAAAGAGGAUAGAUGCUGAAGAAACGAAAAAGGUGGAAGAUCACAAGCAGGAUGAAAAGGAUGUUCAGGAGGAGAAGGAGGUUGAUGUUCAACAGAGGAGCAGGUCUCAGGAGAAGAAACGAAAGGCGAAGAAGAAGAAGCCGGAGAAGGUGGACGACGAGAUAGAGAAGGCCCUGAAGGAGAUCGAGGAUAUGGAUAAGCAUAAAAAGAGGGAUAAGUCGAGGGAACAGGCUAAGAAAGAUACGGUUCAAGCUACGGUGGAAAAACCCAAAGAGGAGAGCGAAAAGAAGAACGUGAAAUCUAAUGAGAGGAAGAAACAGGGUAAAUCGAAGAUGGAGAAGAUUAAAGAUGAAUCGGAGACUGGAGUAGGUCAGUCUAACGCGAAAGAACAGGUUAAAUCGAAGGACGAUGCGAAAGAGAACAAGGAGGAGAAAGAUUCUGGGAAAAAGACCGCGAAGGAUGACGUUAAAGCUUCUGAAGAGAAAGCAACGAAGGUUGAAAGUCGAAAGAACGAACCUGAGAAGAGAUCUGAUGUGAAGAUCGAUUCGAGUGAAACGAAGAAAGUGGACGCGAAGGAAGAGAAACCGUGGAAAAAGAAGCAAAAGGGUAAGGAACAAGCUGGUGCAGCGAAGGACAAAUCUAAUAAAGAUACCAAACCCGCGAAGGUUGACGCGGAGUCGGAGCAAAUCAAGAAGACAACUGACGAAGAUAAAGUAGAAACUCUGAAACAGAAACACGUAAAACUAGAUUCGGUUGAAAGUGUUCAAAAUUUGGAGCAGAUAAAGAAAGAAGACACAAAGGUUACGAAGCCUGUAAAAUCAGAUAAAACGGCCGAAACUAAAGUUGAAUCUAGGAGCAAAGUGCAAAGCGAGCCUAAAGAGAAAGAGCCGAUGAAAGAACAGGAGAAGUCGAAAAAGAAUAAGAAACAGAAACAAGGCAACGACCAGGAGACUUCUAAAGUCCAGACACCGAAGAAACAGAGCCAACAGAGAGAAGACAAGAAAGCAGAACAGUCGAAACAAAAGAAAUCUGAAGAGAAAUCAGAAGUGACGAAAGAUGUGAAAUUGGAUGAAAAGGAAGAAGUUGGAGCAGAAGUUAAUGUGAAAACUCCAAAAGACGAUAAAGAUAAGAAAGCGGCUGAGGAAGAGAAAGGGAAGGAGGAUGAUACAAAAGAACAGAAGAAGAAGGGUACGGUAUCGGAAAUAGAACCGAAAGCAGUAGAAGUAGAACAGAAGAAAGUAGAACAGAAAGUAGAAAGAAAGAAAAGACAAAAGAAGUCAAAGUCACCGACGAAAGCAAAGAAAGAAGAAGAUUCAAAGUCUGCGUUGCCUGUGGAAGAAAAGGAGAAACCUAAAGAAAAUGAAGUAGUAGAAGCGGCUAAAUUAGAAGAAAAAAAUAGUAAAAUUGAUAACGAUGGCAAACUGAUAUCUAUAGAAGAAACGAGAAUUACCGGAAUUGAAGAAAAGAUUACCGCGAUCCAGAAGGAAGAAAAUAUUGUUAGCGUAACAGAGAAGAUUGAAGCACAACCUAAUAUCGAAAAGAGUAUUACUGGAGAAAAAUCUACAGAAUGCGUCGAAAUAUUUAUAGACAAAAAGACGGAAGAAACUGUAAAGAAACCAGAAGAACCUGAGAUAGUUGAAACUAGUGACGUGAAAAAGGAAGAAGGAAUUCUUCUGCCUGAAUUACCAAAAACCGAUACACCCGAAAUCCAAGAAGUUCCAGGAACACCAUCAAAGUCCAAGAAAGGGAAAUCAAAGGAAAAAGCUGUCACCGAAAAUACCACACCCACUUCCGCGGUCGAGUCCAAGGAAGAACCCAAAUCCAGUCAACCAAGCACACCGAAGUCUGACAAGAGAAAGAAAAAGAAACAGGACAGUAAAGACAAAAUCGUGGUCGAACCUCCACAACCAGAACAAACGAUAAUCACUGAGAAACCUAGCACAGACACGAAACCAAUCGAAGAAUCUGAAAAAUCAACGGAAGCACCAUCAUUAAAACUCGUAACUCCACCGAUAGAGUCUCGGGAUAAAAAGCAAGGCCACGUUAAAAAACCAAUUGAGAUCGAGAAAAUUUCAGUGACAAAGUCUGACGAUUCAGAAUCUCGCUCGCAAGAACUGAUUGAAAAUCCAAGUACAGAAGAAGAUUCUCUUCUUUCAAAGAACGAGAAAACUGCAAACGUUUCAGCCACUGUUUCACCAACCACAGAAUCAUCUUCAUUAGGGAAAUCGUCGUUGGUCGAAAAGACGAUUACCACGGUGACUAGCAGCGUGCCUGAACCUGUCGAAACGAAGCCAUCGAUCGAAAAAAUCGUAGAGAACUUAGAAAGUAUUCCCUCAUCCAAGGUCGUAGGCUCCAAACCCACCGAAUUAAUCACCCUGCGUCCUGAAACAGUAGAAAGUAGCCUAACAACCACCGAAUAUGCUAGGGUAUCGGAUGAUUCAGCUGUUGGUAUCCCCUGGAAAGCGUUAGAUACGUUAGCAGACGUUGACAAAUCAAUUUCCGAUUACACGGUAUAUCUUGACGAUCUUGUUAAAGACGAUCAGCCGAUUCUGUUCGGUAGCGUUCAGGAUAGGAGGAGAGGUCGUUCUGGAACUCCGAAAUCUGUAGGAAGCGCGAGAGACGAGAGGGAGUUGGAUAAUUUCGAGAAAGAACAGGACGCGAAGGUUUUGCAGGAUAAAUCUAAGCACGAAGUUGAGGGUAAAAAGGAUAGGAUGAGGGUUAAGGAGGAAGUUGAGAUUGUCGGAGAAACUGCAAGUGUAGCAUCGAAAGAUUCAGGUGAGUUAGUGAUAGAGAGUGAAGGUGAAAUUGCGCAAGAGAAAGGAAGGAUGGGUACGGGACCGGAAGGGUCUUCUUCUGAUAUUGAACAGGGACAGGGAAAAGGAACGGGCAUGAUGUCGUUAGAAUUGGAAUUAAACACUCGUGAAGUAAGUACUCUUCCUACUCGUGUAAGACAUAUGACACCUGGUACAAGAUAUAUUCCCGAACUUGUAACUGUUCCUGCUGACGAUCCUAAGCCUGAAACGGAAAAUAUUGAAGAUAAAACAAGUACGGUCGAAAAGAAGGUAGGAGACGUUGAGGAACGUCGUGAAGUUGAUGAUUCUAAAUCUAGAACGGAAGAAGUUAAAGAAAAAGCAGCUCUACCUGAAGAGAAGAUAGUAGACUCUGAAAAACAAGAAGUCUCUAUUAAGGAUGAAGAUUCUAAACCUGAAAAGCAAAAGAUAGAAGAUAAAUCAAGCCAGAUCGAAAUACAGGUUGCAGAAACUAAAAAACAAGUAAAAGUUAAAGGUGAAAAUUCUAAACAUGAAAAGCAAAAGGUUGAAGAUAAACCAGGCCAGAGUGAAACACAGGUUCAAGAGUCUAAAAUACAAGUAGAAGUUUCUGAUAAAGGUGAAGAUCCUAAACCUGAAAAGCAAAAGGUUGAAGAUAAACCAACUCAGAUUAAGACACAAGUUGCAGACUCUAAAAAGCAAGUAGAAGUUUCUGUUAAAGGUGAAGAUUCUAAAUCUGAAAAACAAAAGAUUGAAAAUAAACCAACUCAGAUUAAGACACAAGUUGUAGACUCUAAAAAGCAAGUAGAAGUUUCUGUUAAAGGUGAAGAUUCUAAAUCUGAAAAACAAAAGGUUGAAGAUAAACCAAGCAAGACUGAAACACAGAUUGCAGAGUCUAAAAAACAAGUAGAUGUUUCUGUUAAACGCGAAGAUUCUAAAUCUGAAAAACAAAAGGUUGAAGAUAAACCAACUCAGAUUAAGACACAAGUUGCAGACUCUAAAAAACAAGUAGAUGUUUCUGUUAAACGCGAAGAUUCUAAAUCUGAAAAACAAAAGGUUGAAGAUAAACCAAGCAAGACUGAAACACAGAUUGCAGAGUCUAAAAAACAAGUAGAUGUUUCUGUUAAACGCGAAGAUUCUAAAUCUGAAAAACAAAAGAUUGAAAAUAAACCAACUCAAAUUAAGACACAAGUUGCAGACUCUAAAAAGCAAGUGGAAGUUUCUGUUAAAGGUGAAGAUUCUAAAUCUGAAAAACAAAAGGUUGAAGAUAAACCAAGCAAGACUGAAACACAGAUUGCAGAGUCUAAAAAACAAGUAGAUGUUUCUGUUAAAGGUGAAGAUUCUAAAUCUGAGAAACAAAAGAUUGAAAAUAAACCAACUCAAAUUAAGACACAAGUUGCAGACUCUAAAAAGCAAGUGGAAGUUUCUGUUAAAGGUGAAGAUUCUAAAUCUGAAAAACAAAAGGUUGAAGAUAAACCAAGCAAGACUGAAACACAGAUUGCAGAGUCUAAAAAACAAGUAGAUGUUUCUGUUAAAGGUGAAGAUUCUAAAUCUGAAAAACAAAAGAUUGAAAAUAAACCAACUCAGAUUAAGACACAAGUUGCAGACUCUAAAAAGCAAGUAGAAGUUUCUGUUAAAGGUGAAGAUUCUAAAUCUGAAAAACAAAAGAUUGACAAUAAACCAACUCAGAUUAAGACACAAGUUGCAGACUCUAUCAAGCAAGUAGAAGUUUCUGUUAAAGGUGAAGAUUCUAAAUCUGAAAAAGAAAAGAUUGAAAAUAAACCAACUCAGAUUAAGACACAAGUUGCAGACUCUAAAAAGCAAGUAGAAGUUUCUGUUAAAGGUGAAGAUUCUAAACCUGAAAAGCAAAAGGUUGAAGAUAAACCAAGCAAGACAGACACACAGAUUGCAGAGUCUAAAAAACAAGUAGAUGUUUCUGUUAAAGGUGAAGAUUCUAAAACAGAAAAGCAAGAGAUUGAGGAUGAAGCGAGUCAGAAGACUCAAGUUGCAGAGUCAAUAAAACAAGUAGAAGUUCCUACUAAAGCUAAAGAGUCUAAACCUAUCAUAAAAGAAAUUUACCCAUGUUACUUUACAGACUUGGUCAAACCCUACUGGUUCAAUUAUCGCCCUUACAUCGAGGCAGAGGUCAAUUUCCAUCGGUGUUUCAAAGUGGUAAAGGUAAUAGAAGAAAAUGUGCCUGCUCCUGCAACUCCAAGAUUAGAGAGUAUCGAAAGAUUUGCUCAAGAAUCGAUUAUGAAGGAGCAUAAAGAAGAAGAAGAAGAGAUGUUAGAAGACACGGAGCAAUCUGAAGUUGAAAGCAGAAAACUUUCACUUAUCAAAGAAACUUUGAAAUAUCCUAUUAGCACAUUUUACAAAGUAGAAUCCGAGUGGGUGAAAUCUAAGCAGACUAAAGAGAAAGAAGAUAUGGCAACUCCUUUGGAGGAAUCUAAUCUUACCGGCGUUGAAGUUGCGAAGGAAACAAUGCAAAUUCAAGAAGAUAAAAAACAUUCCGAGGUAUUAGAUGCUCGAAACAUUUCAGAAAAUGACAUUGACAAAGAGAAAACUAUCGCAGAAAUUACCACGGAGAUUAAAUCUACGGACAUGAUUUUGGAUCAAACGGCAGCUCUUAUCGAGGAUGUGAAUAAAGAGCUUGACAUGAUGAAAAAGGAGAAGGAGCAGAGUACAGUCGAGGGAAAAGUAGAAGAUAGAGAGGAUGGAAAAGAACCUGAGAUACGGAAGAAGGAGCAGCAAGUAUCUGAUAAGAAGCCGAAAGAGAAAUCGAAGAAAGAAAAGCAGCCGAAAGAUGAGAAGUCAAAGUCUAAGAAAGAAGAAAAGAAGGAAAUAACAUCACCGGUAAAAGAACCUGAAGUAGUCGAAAAGAACGAUAUUACAGAAUUAACCAAGGCUGUGGAACAACUUACUAUGAUUAUCAAUGAAGAAACUAAAGAAGCUUCAUUGGCAUUCAAACAAACUGAAGAAGUUGAGAAGGAAGAUAUUGCGAUUGUACAGGGGACAGAGUUGGCACAGACAACGGAACAACUUGUCACAAAAAUAGACGAACCUUCAGUUCAAAUUAUCGAUCGAAAAGAAGAAGAGAAGAUAGAAAAGAAUGUUACAGAAGAAGAACCAUUAAUCACAUUAGAACCAAAAAUUGAAGAAGUAAUAAAACCUGCAAUCGAAUCUUCUGAAGUAGAGAAAGUAAAAGAAGAAACGAAAUUAGAAAAAGAUAAGAAGGAACAUGAGAAACAGGAUGAAAAGAAAGAAAUUGUUCCAGAACCUCAGAUCUUAAUUGAAGAGAAAAUUGAGAAGGAAAGUGAGAAGGUUGAAAAGCCUGUUUCUGGAAAGAAGAAAGUUUCUAAAGAACCUAAAAAGAAAGAUGUUAAAGAGAUAACAAGAGAAGAAAAGUUAAGCACAGAAGAAAAAGCCUUGCCGCAAGAAUCUAUUAGUGUCGUGACUGAAUCAACAGCAACUGAAAAAUCAAUAAGUGACAAAGUACCAGAGAUAAAAGAUUCGAACGCACCUGAAUCUCCAGCGAUAGAAAGCAAAACUAAACCCUUGGAUAAGCCUAGGAAAGAAGAAGGAAAGGCAAAGUCAGGAAAACAGAAACAGCCUAAAGAAAAGUCUGAUAUUAAAGCUACGUCUACCCCAGAGAAAGAUGCAAAGAAACAAGAAGAACAGGAAAUUGUUUCACCAGAUUCGAAGAAGAAACGUGAUGGAAAAUCGAAAAAGGCAAAUGAAAUCCCAGCAGUGGUUCCUCAAGAAACACCGACUGAAGCUCCUUUGGAAGAAACUAAGAAAGAAGAAUCUCAAUCAGAAAUAAAGGAAAUAUCUAAGGAAGAAAAUCAACCGGUAUGCGCCAAAUCGUGGGCAUCUGUUGUUGGUAUGAAAGGAACAAGCAAUCUUCCUGCGGAAAAUGUACAAACUGUGACAGUAACUCCUCAAGAAUCGAUAACUGGAACAUCAGAAUUAGGGAAAGUAGCACAGAUAACAGAAACUGUGCCUGAAGAACCACAAAGUCCACAAACGCAGCAUAAGAAACAUCAAAAGAAGAAAGAAAAGAUUGUUACCGAAGCGAAAGUGUCUUCUGUCGAUACUGAAACUGAGAAGGAAAAUAUGAAGUCUGUUAUUCCUGAGAAAGUUGAAGAAUUAGAAUUCAAUAUGAAAGAUUCCAACAAAUCAUACGCUCAAGUAGCAGCUUCCAGCAAAGGAACUUCUCCACAAUCGAAUCAAGAAGAUGCUGUGUUACUUAAACCGAUUCCUCUUAUUCCUGAUCAAAGCUUGGAUAAACUAAUGGAAGUCGAAACAAUUACAACUGAAAAAUCAUUAACAAUCGCAGAAACUCCAGAGGCUGAAAAAGAAACAUCCAAACCUGAUGAAAUAGCAACAAAUGAAAAGUUCAACGAAUUAAUUACUGAACAAGACGUUUUCAAAAUGGAGUCACCUUCGUGGGCGGAAGAAAUUGAAAAAGAAGCAAUGGUGGAAGAAACUAGUUCCAUGUCGCCAAUUCCAAGCGCGAUAGUAGUCGAGACGCCACAGAAAAUGAAGGAUUCGUGGGCUACUAUUGUUAGUAAACACGCGGAACCGCUGGAACCAAUUUCAUCACCCACUAGCGAAAAGAUUAUGAUGAAAAAACAACAAACUACCGAACAAAAUAUAAAUCCCCAAAUACAAAUCCAUGUGGAAGAGGCUCCAGAGCCGGUAUCAAUUGAAGAAGUGGUUGAAAUCGACGAACAAGGUUUUAUGGAAUUCGUAAAUCGAAAAGAACUGCGAUCUAGACGAUCGAGAUCGCGAUCCAGAAGCAUCAGACGAGACGAACCAAAUUCGAGACAGUCGAGUGAUAAGGCUAUAGUUCCUGAAGAAAUUUUAGCAGAAGAACAGAAACAGAUGGGCGCGCAAAAAGUGGAGGAACAGAAGAAAAAGGAUGGAAACAAAGGAAAGGAGGGAAAAUCGAAGAAAAAGAAAGGUGAAGCAAAAUCGAGCAGUGCAGAUCGCAAUCAGGUGACAAAGGAUGAACAGGAAAAGGAUAGAGAAAACCUUCAGAAAGAAAAAGAUAAAGAAAAGACGAGUAAGAUUGAGGAAAAGGAUGUGAAGAAGGUGGAGAAAGAAAGAAUAGAGCCAUUAGUCGAAGAGAAGACACAGAAACAGGCAGAAAAGAAAGAUACUAAGCAACAUGAGGGCAAAUCGAAGACGAAAGAAGUUAAUUUGAGCCAAGAAAGCAAAGAAAAGGCAGGAGAGAAAAUUGAAGAAAAGCUUGAUGAGAAAGUGAAAGAAGUAGAGGUUGUGAAGCCUGAAACUCCGGAAGUAGAUAAAGUAAUCGAAAUGGAUAAACAGAAUUCUAAAUCAGCAGAUAAGUGGAGAAAAGCAGAAACGAAGGAACAAUCUAUCGCUGCUUCGAAAAAGAGUAAGAAAUCAAAGAGAGGAAAAUCUGAUAAGGACCAACCCAAAGAAGAACUAGAACAUAAAGAACAAAUCAAACAGCCGGGUGUUGUUCAGGUAACAGAAAUACAACUGAAAUCGGAAGUUGUGAAAGAACCAGAAACUAAAGAAGUUAAAGAAAUUCAAGAAGUAUCAGCAAUUACAAAAUCUGAAGCUGAAAGUAAACCUGAGAUUGUCGAAGAAAUUAAAUCUGAAAAGUCAACGUCUCCAAGAAAACGCAAAGGAAAAUCUAAAGAAAAGAAAGUAGAGACAGUAUCAGGAAUUAGCGAAACAUCAAUUGAAGAAAAGAAGGUACCUGAAUCUAAAAUUAAAGAAGAAAUACCAGCGAAAGAAACAAAGGUUCAAGAAAUUCAAGAAAUUGAAGAAGAAGUAAAAAUUACAAAACCUGAAAAAUCAACGCCCACAAAGAAGCAUAAAGAAAAAUCUGAAGAAAAGAAAGUAGAAACGAUACCAGAACGAAUCACUGAAACAUCAGCUGAUGAGAAGAAAGUAUCUGAACUUGAGAUCGAAGAAAUGUCGGUAGAAAAAGUAAAGGAAGAAGUAAGAGAAAGUGAAGCAAGUCAAAAGAAAGAAGUUGAUUCUAAAGCAGAUGUUACUGAAGAGAAAAAAGAAGUAUCUGCAAAGGAAGGAGCUCAGGAGAAACAUCAAGAAGAACCAAUUAAGUCCCCGCAAACACCUGUUGCAGAAAUGAUUGUAGACGCUAAAACAGAAACAGCAGAGGUAACAGACGAAGCUCACGCAGACAAAAAGUUGAAACUUUCGAAGAAGGAGAAACGAAAGCAAAAGAAGAAAGAAAAAUCAACUACACGAGCAACCAGCGAAGAAAGAUUAGAAAAGGAAACAUCCGAGACGUUUGUUCCAGAAAAGAAAGAAGAAACAACAACCCUGGAAGAAAUAAAACCAGAAGAAGUAACUAUUUCACCUGAUGAAACCAAUCAAGAAAAAGAACUUAAUGAAAAACUCCAAGAAAUUAAGAAAUUGAGCGCAAUCACCCCUGAGGUGAUUCCUGAUGAAAUAAAGCUUGUUCCAGAAACUAUGCUUAAACCGACAAUUAAGGAAAAGACAAAACCAACUAAAGAGCAAGCAAAACUUCUGAAACCAACUGAAGAAAAGGAAAAAGUUUCAGAAGAAAUAGAAAACUUUGCUGAAGACAAAAUGAAGACACCUAAACUAGUUACAGAUAAAUCUGAAACGCCCAAACUAGAGAUAGAUAAAUCUGAAAUACCUAAACCAGAGACAGAUAAAGCUGAAACAUUUAAACCGGAUAAAACUGAAACACCCGGACCAGUGACGGAUGAAACUGAAAAAGACAUAAAGCAGAAAGAAGAACCAACGUCAGCUUCGAAAGAGAAAUCAAAACGUAAGAACAAACAGGCGAAGAAAGGUAGACGCGAAGAACAAGAAGCAGCAACGAAGUCUACGGAUGAAGAACUUCAAUCGCCAAAGGAUGAGAAAGAAAUUGAAAUAUUAAGCACAGGUUCUACUAUUCCAUCAACUCCAGAAACUCCAAAAGAAACAGUCGAUCAAGGGAAAGACGCGACGAUACCUGAAGAGAAAAUAGAAUCAGGUGCACAAUUGAAUAAGUUGGAAAUUGAUGAACCAAGGAUCGAGGAGGUUAUUAAGAAAGAUGAGAAAGAAGCGAAGGAUGUCUUGCAGGAACAAGUUGUUUUGAAAGAAACAAUUAUACAAGAAAAGACAGAAAUAUCUGGCAAAAGCCAAGAAGAAGUCGAUCGUCUACAGAAAACCGAAGAAAUUCCAGAAGCUCAGCCUCCAGAAAAGAAAUCUACGAAAGAAGAAAAAUCUAAAACGAAGAAAAUUAAAGAUAAGAGACAGGAAGAGACAACUAAAAAUGUCGAGCAAAAGAUAUCUGAAGAGGAAGCAGUAAUUUCCAAAGAGGAAAUGCCAGUCAAAGUUUCUGAAGUUAAAACAGAUAAAGUCGUUCCACCCGAGGCAAAACCGGAAGAAACCAUUAAACCUGCUGAAAUAAUAGUGAAUGGUAAACUAACAGAAGAAGACGACAAAACUGAGAAGGAAAUAACGGAAAAGAAGACAGAAGAAAUCGAAAAGGUACAAUCAGGAAUUGUAAAGGAACUCGAAAGUAUAAUCCAAGAAACCGAUCAGCCUCCGCAACGAGAUAUAUCAACAGAAAAAUUAUUACAUAAAAUUGAAUCUCCCAUAACCAUAGAGUCGAUUCAGUCUCAACUAGAAACCGAAGAAGAAUUCGAAAAAUGUAUAUCCAGUGAACCAGAAAUAGAAACGGUAGAUAUCGUGGUGGAACCCGUGAAACCAAAAGUACAAUUCUACAUAGCCGACGAAAUUCUGGUUCUAAGUCCGGAGAAGAAAAAACCCGUACAAACCCCCCUAAUCUUAAAAACCCUGUCAGAACUCAGUAGAUCCAAAUUCCUUUCUCUUGAUAGCGGUUUUUGGCCGGACAAACACCCCUAUCACGAGGCUGAACGCUACCUGUUCGAAAAUUUGGCUAACUAUCCGAUGGCUAACUAUCUUUCCGACGAUGUCAAACGCGAUUCUAACGAUAAAGAUGAUUUCGACGGGGAUCAGGGCGGUGGUAAUUUGAACGAACGCGGUGGUAAUGGUGGUACCUUGAAUUCUUAUUUCAUGGGUGGUCCACAUACCGAACGUCUGAUCGCCGAUCUCCCAGGUGGUAUAGGUAGCUGGAGCGAUUACAGUACUUACUUGUCGAGCGAGAACGAGCAGAGAACGGACCAGUGCACCGAACUGGUUCAGGAAAAGAUCGAGAAUCCAAUGUCAGACCCAAUAUAUCCCUCCGAUAAUCUACUUUCUGAGUUAUCCUCUGUCCAUCUCAAGGACGAACAGUCUAUUUCCAAAUUCGACGAACUAUCGUUGGAGUGUGACGUUCCUACAACGUCAGAAAAUUCUGAAGAUGUAAAAUCGUUGUCACUGUCCACUGUCGAAGUAUCCGCUUCUGGCGAACAACCCCUAAAACUCGAUUACAAGACCGUGAACCCGGAUCAACUAUCAGAGUCCACUUAUUCCGAUCCACGUGAGUUAUCCCCGACACCAGGCAUCCCUGACCAUGAUCCAGAUCCCAAGAAACAUUUAGGUAGAGAAAAAGGAUCGAUGCAGCGGCGCACUCCAAUCGUGGAGACGGAGAGAGAGAUGGGGGUAACUGAAGAUGAGGCUGAAAAGAGGAUACGAGGGAUCAAGGAUAUCAUACAGGAGCGCCUAAUGGUUUUACAGUUGAGUCUUUCGAACCUAAAGGGAACUUACUUGCCACGAGAUAGCAUAGACUCUAUGCUGUCUGCAAUUACGAAUUUACUAACGGAGCUCCAAGGAUACGAUGAGGAAGUGGGUCGUUUAGAAGAAGAAUUGCGUAAAAUUCCAGCCGAUUUGGAAGCGCAGAAGCUUCUGUCGAGUCUGGAAGGAAUUCAGUCUCGCAUCGCCACCCUUUUAUCGCAGGCGGAACAAGGGCGCGCUACUUUGGAAAGAGCGCGUGGUCAACAAGAACAACGCGGCCACGAUAUCCACGAAUACAAGAAAUUCUUGGAUGAAACGGAUAGCUGGCUGAAGAAUAUCGUAGCCGGUAUGAAGCAACAACAACCGACUACCACGAACAAGGCUUUACAGGACGAGCUGAGCAGUCACGCGCAACGGGUGUCGGAGCUUGAAUCGUUGCCAGAAAUCAGCACGCUGGCAAAGGUCCUGAAGAAUGCGCUGUUGGAAGUGAUGUCGCGACUGCAGCAAAGGCAGCAGGUAUCCAACGUUUUCCAAUGCACGGGGGCUUUCGCAAACUUCGCUGGUCUUCGCGCAACAGUCUCGUGAAAUACACGAUGAUACAGAAACAGAGAGUUCUAGGAGUAUGAAAGAAAAUUGAAACGAAAAAAGAAACGAAACUAGAGUUGAAUAGAAUUAUUUAACAAAUAUUCGUUACAUAUUACAUAAUACUUAUUUACAUUUAUAGAAUAGAAUAGACGUAACGUCGUGAAUGACUUUUCAAUUUAACAUAUUUCAUGCAACAGGAUUAUCGAAGCAGAGAAUCGAGAAAUAUGAAAUUAGAAAUUAAAAAUUGAAAAGGAAUAUUUAGCAAAUAUUUAUUAUAUAUAUAUUUAUACAUACGACUUAUUUUUAUUUAUUAUAUUUAUACGGACAUAUAAAUGUAGCACCAUCGAUUAAUUUAAAAUUUAAAGAUAGGUAAACUUUGGUCAAAUUUCUAAUCGAUUUCUAGUCAAGUUCUAGUCUAUUUUGGGAUUGGGAAUAAAAUAAAAGGAAUUAUUCAGUCUCUUGUCGACGCAAGAGAUCUACUACAAGAAUAAUAAGGAUGUGUACAGAGUAUGUAUUAUACAUUAAGAAAUGGUAUACAUAUACAUAUAAUACUGCCUGUAUCUUAUACUUUAGUAAAUACAUAAUGGUAAUAGGGUGAUAGAUAUAGUCAAGCAUGUAACAUUCUUUUUGUUUCCUUUCUGCUUCUUAACGUAGUAAUUCAUGUUUGUCGUAUCACGUAUCAUUUUGCACGAUAUUUAUUAAUGGGUAAAUUAUGACAGGAUAAGGUUCUAGUACACUUGUCGUUUCAUCUACUUUUAUUUAUCGUUAUGUCAUUGCGUUUAUUUCUCACCUGAGCUUCACAUCAUAUGCAACGAAUAUGGCGGGUUAAAUAUCAUAGGCGUGUUAGUCGAUAUAAUUAAUAACUUCAACCACUAAAAAUAUAUAGAAUUUUUUAUUAUUUAUGAAAAAUGACUAUGAUUGUCAGCCCGCCAUUACACCGUCAUUUUACGCUCAUCGCACUGUCAUCGUUCACUCUUCUCACAACUUCACGGUGUAUUUAUUUAUAUAUAAAGCUAGCACUUUUUACGUUUCUUUUAGCUUAAGGUAAUGAAUGUAAUUGUAUAGGUGCAGCAUUUGUUUAUGGAAUGUUAAUACAGUUACUCUGUAAUUUUUUUCAUGCUGUAAUUAAAGUAUUCUCAUUAAUUCCCA